AUGUCGAGAAGACUUGUUUCGUACAGCGAUCUGACGGAAGAUGGUGCGGAAGCACAACAGCCGAGCGGGACGGAAGCGGGACCGUCGAGUUACUCCAACGCCGGCGCUGGGGGUGGUCGCGCGAAGAAGAGGAAGCUCGGAUCGAACGGCAGUCAGGGGAAGAAGAAGACGAGGGCAAAUGGGGUGCAUUGGGACGAUCCAGCCUACGCAGGCCAGAUGGAAAGGGAAGGUGGGUUGCGGGGAGGGUAUCGUGAUCUUGGGGAAGUGGAGGAGGUGGAUGAAGAGGAGAGAGGGUCUGUGGGAGAAGAUGUGGAUGACAGAGACGAUGGAGUGAGAGGUGAAAGUGAUGAUGUGGAGGGCGUGGGUGGUGGAGAUGGGGUGUAUACAGGAUGGAAGUACGACGAAUGGGGUGAGCCGUACGACGGCACACAAACAUUACCCGAAGAAGCCUACGACGACGAUGACGAAUUCGACUACGAUGACGAGUACGACUCCGACCACUCUUCCUCCUCCAACACCCCCGCCCUACCCUUCGUCAUACCCGACGUGUCCGAAUACCACCGGCAGCACGACCCACACCCAUCUCCCCUCGCUUCCUCCACCACUCCCUCCUCAACCCCACAUCGACCGCCCCACGCCGUCGGCGGCGGAGGUCGAACGCUCACCCACCUCGAGCUCUACUCCCCGCUCUCCCUCGUCCAGACGUUCAACUCGGCGCUCUCGCAGUACUGCACACUGCACGCGCUUCCGCUCCCCCGCUUUACGGGCUCUAGCGAAUCCGCGCUGUGGAACGAUGCACCGAAACACGAUUCUCUGCUAGCACAGCAGGUGAGGGAAGAUACGCAGCAGGUGCUGGCUCAACGCGGCACUGCGGUUGGUGUUACUGGGUCAGGUGUCAGCAGCGGCGGCGGUGGUGGUGGCGGGAAGUCGCAACAACAGCAGGCGAAAGCGAGGGGGAAACCGAUCGUCACCGCGGUUUCUGCAGCGGACAUGGAGGGAAACGCGGCUUGGAAAAAAGCGAUCAAGACAGUGGAGACUACGCCGAACCGUGUAGGCUGGAUCUGGCCCGCAGUCCAACCGACAGGGACCAACGAUCAAACUAGUAAGCACAGCGUCCAUGCAGCUCCUCCCCAAACAGUCGCUGCUGAGAGCAUCUCCUUGAACAACAGGGCAGCUAGCUCGAACCAUCACACUGUCCAGUCGGACACCCCAGCCAACGGGCAUGCAGAUCUCGACAUGAAACUUCACCACUACUGGUACGCCGGAUACUACGCUGCCCUCGCCGCCUGCCGUGUCACCCCCACGCUGAACCCAGACUCAUCCGUCCCAUCUCAAGCUCCCAAAACCGAUCCAACCGACACCGCUCCCACUCCCACGUCCCAUACCUCCCUCAUUCCCGCCACCCGAUCAUCCAUAGAUCCACCACAAACACCGAUAGAAUCCUCUCCCACUGCACCUCAAUAA